AACGAUCAUUCAAUUAAAACUUUCUGGUAUCUCUCACGACGCGAAAGGUGCAGAAAAGUGUCGAAUUUCCUACCGCCGAGGAAUUACCAGCCUUCGUAAACACCAAGCCCUCAAGUAAUUCGUGUCCUGCAGUGAGAAGAGUAACGCCGUCGCCGUGCCCGUCGCCAAAUCGACCGGCUAUCCGAGACAGCCGUGAUGGAUAUAAUGGCCUCGAACCUGCAGCAGCAACGAGCAAUCACCGAGCAGCUCCGACGGGAAGCUGCUAUCCAGCGCAUCACGGUGUCGCAAGCCGUCGCGGACAUCGUCAAGUACGUGACGGAGCACGAAGCGGAGGACUGCCUGCUGGUGGGCUUCUCCAGCCAGAAGGUGAACCCGUUCCGCGAGAAGAGUUCCUGCAGCAUCCUGUAAGCGCCGUAACCCGCUUCCAAUUUCCGUCUGCUCAUCGUGUUCCUCGCCGAAGCAAGUGCCGCCGGAAAAUCGGUUCCUUCUCGAUGGCGCAAGGAAGGAACGCAUACGCAUCGCUGCGAUGACGUCAUUCAUUCGGGUGGUGCAGGGGGAGUGCAUUCGUACCGGAGAUGAAUUAUAUUGUGUUAAGUGUCUAUGGAAUUGGAAUAUGCCCUACAUCCAAGGGCAAUAGAAGUACCACAUAUGCAUCCACCUAAUUCACGCAUCUCGUAGGCCAUUAGAAUAUUUGGAAAUCCUUUUCAAGAAGCAACAGUUUGUUGUUUUAUGUCAAUCAAACGUACCGUAUAAUUUUUACUCCAUUCUAUUGUUUAUCUGUUUAGCAAUCGAAUUAUAACUCAUUAUUUGACGAAUCAUUAAGGAAAAAAUGCAAUACCAGAAAAAAACUACAACAAUAUGAAUCACACCCACCAUAAAAAGUAAAACCACAUUGGUGUCUGCUUAUAGGACAAGCUUUUCACGAGGAAAAACAUGAAUUUAAAAACCAUAAAACAGGCUUAAAGUAAGACGAGAGCAUUUUGAUAUGCAAUUUACUCCAUCUCCUCAUAGCUGUAGAGUUUGUAUUGACGCAAAA